UAAAAAUUAAAUCUGCCCUAUGAUUCUGAAACAUUUCGUUUUCGUUUUCGUGACCCUAUUCUCUAUCUAUCACCGGAGCUCUCCGUUUCCUCUGUACUCAUCUCCGGCCACCAUCGGCCACCUCCACGAGCCGCCGCCUUUCCAUAUCCAUUAUCCGUUGGUUUAAAAGAGCAACAAAAAAACAGUGUGCUGCUAUGGACCCAUCUAUAGUCAAGCUUCUUGAAGAUGAUGAGGAUGAAACUAUGCAUUCAGGAGCAGAUGUUGAAGCGUUUCAAGCUGCAUUAAAUAGAGACAUAGGUGGAGAUGCUUCUAAUUCUCAGCUUUCUGAUUCAGAUGCAGGAAGCAAUAAUUCAUUCAGUCAAUCAUUACCAACGUGGCCAACUUCUAGCCAUGACAACCAGACCGACUGUCAAAAUCAGGAGCCUAAAAUUGCUCAAGAGCAACCUUCAUCUGAAAUGGAGCUGAAGCAACAAGGACCUGUCGUGGAACAGAUACAAAAUGUUGCCUCACAAGAUGCAAGCAAUCCUACUUUAUCACACAAACAAUCUCAAGAUGAAUGUCUCCAACGCCAGACUGUACCGGUUUCCCACCAACAUUCUCAAACAAAUGAAGUUCAGAAAUCCGAAAAAGGUCCUGCCUUUAACCAUGAGGUAAUCAAAACAAAUAAUCCCAACUGUGAAUCUCAGUAUGCAAAAUUGCAGCAGAUGAGUAAUCAACAGGCCACAGUUAAUGAACAACCUAGUAGCCAAAUCAAUCGUAGUAAGCAGGUGCCAUUUGGCUUAUUGCUCCCUAUCUUGAUUCCCCAACUCGCCAAAGAUAGAGCCAUGCAACUUACAACAUUAUUUAACAAAUUGAAGAAAGAUGAAAUACCCAAAGAUCAUUUUGUACGGCUUAUGAAGGGGAUUGUGGGGGAUCAGAUGCUUAGAAUAGCAUUGACAAAAGUGCAACAACAGACAAAAGCCAACGCAGGUUCUUCUGGACAGCAGCACCCUGUAAGGAUGCCAACGGUUACUUCCAGUGGAGCAAAAUUUAAUGAUCCCCAUGCAUUAGCUCAACUGCACCAGAGAAGUUUGAAUCCCGCUGCAGACCAUUCUCAUAAUACUUCUUCAGCUAUCCAAGUGAAGAGUGAACCGACCUAUUCAACUAUGGAUGUUGGUGCUAAAAAAUCUCAGGAACAUGAUGUUCGAGUAGUGCAACCAAAUCAAUUACCAUCAUCAGGUUCUAAUGCUGUCAGUCAAGAAACUGAAAGAUCCGCAGUUCACAUGCAAGGCCUUAAUAAGCAGCAACAACAGCAUAUACAUUUCCCAUCGACAUAUGGAAGCAGUGGUGGUAACUAUAACCAUUUUUCCGGGACAACUACUAGUUCAUCAUCUCUCAGACCACAACCUCAUCCUCAUGAUUCACACAUAAGGCAAAUUGCACAUCAGAAUAUUGGUUUAAAUCACUUGGGUGUAGAACGACAAAGUUCUUUCACUGAUCCUAAGAGAAUGCCAGGUGGAUCUGUGUCGACUGGUGUAAACAAUACAGCACCACAACAAACUUCAACUUCUUGGCAACCUUCAGCAGAACAAAAUUCUGGCUUGUUUUCAUCUGUUUCAUAUGUAAAAAAGGAACCUAACGACCUUUCUAUUGAGCAGCAACAUAGGAAUCAUUUAUCUAAAUUGCAUGGGUUGCCUUCUGUUAAUUCUGGUCAAACUGAACAGGGUAGUGGUGUCAAUCAAGGCACUGUGAAGGAUGAGUUUUCAAGAGGUUCUUUAGCACUCACUGGCAUGCCACACCCAACAUCUGCUAGCUUGCCCACAUCAAGCUCUGCAUCUCAACUAGAUCCAACUGUCUCUUUAAGCUCUCAGAUCCUAGCUAGCACUUCUGGUAUGGUGUCAAAGACACCUCUAAAAAGACCUCUUGGCCAGAAGAAACCACUUGAAACACUUGGUUCUUCACCUCCUCCUCCAAGUAAGAAACAAAAGGUGUCUGGGUCAUCUCUGGAACAAAGCAUUGAACAGCUUAAUGAUGUUACAGCUGUUAGUGGUGUUGAUCUUAGGGAGGAGGAAGAACAGUUAUUUUCUGGGUCCAAAGAGGACAGUCGAGCUUCAGAAGCAUCUCGAAGAGUUGUGCAAGAAGAGGAAGAAAGUCUGAUUUUGCUGAAAGCUCCAUUGCAGAGAAAAUUGAUUGAAAUUAUGACUGAGUGUGGCUUGAAAGGCAUGGGUAAUGAUGUGGAAAAAUGCUUGUCACUGUGUGUGGAAGAGCGAAUGCGCGGAGUAAUAAGUAACAUAGUCAGAAUGUCAAAACAGAGGGUUGAUCUUGAGAAAACAAGGCAUCGGACUGUUGUCACUUCAGAUGUUCGACAGCAAAUCAUGGCAAUGAAUAGGAAAGCAAGGGAAGAGUGGGAGAAAAAACAGGCUGAAGUAGACAAGCUCCGGAAACUAAAUGAUGUAGAAGGUGGUUCCGGAGUUGAUGGUGACAAGGACAAGGAUGAUGGUCGCAAUAAAGCAACAAAGGUACUGUAUCAAUUUAGAUGAUGUAAUUCACCAUUAUCUAUUAACUGAAAUUGCCAAUUUAUGCUGUGGUCAUAUAUUAACCUCAUUGUUGGUUGAUAUACCAACAGCUGACAAGCAUAUGCAAUCUUGGAAUAUCAAUGCUUGUUAAGAUUUAAAUGGUUGCUGGUUCAUACCUUGUUCCAAGAUACGUGGGCUCCUGAUUCUAGAAAGAAUACCCACCUGGGAUGGUUGCUGAUAAACAAAUUCUUCAAAUAUUGAAAGAAAUUUUGAUAACAGACUUUUGAGUGUGACCUGUUUAAUAAAAAACUCAAAUAUGGGACCGAAAAACAUAGGUAGGUCAGGCUAAAAUAUGUGGUUCACAAAUUUAAAAUAUGUGGUUCACAUACAAUGUGCAUUGAAUGUAAGGAGUUGUAGAGUGAAAUGAAUAUUAUACUCAAAUAAAAUGAAAAAGUAGGUGCAGGUGAAAUAAAAAUGGAUAUUAUACUAAAUUAAAAUGCAGAAGCAUAAUGAAACACAAUUUAAAUGAAGAUACUAGAUAAAGCCCGAGUAAGGUGAAGAGAAUCUGAGCUGAAAAAGAAGAGAAUCCCAAGUAAGCUCACUUUUAAACCCGCAACAAAAGAACUGAGCAAUGGGGAGUAGCUUUAGUGAUGCACUAAAAAUUUAAGUUGAGAGAAGAAACAAUGAUAUGAAAAGAUAGGGGGAAAGAUUGUUUUGGAGCUCACUGGUUUUUUGCAGGAGAGAAAAUAGGAGAAGAAAGUUGGGUUCAAUAAUGGAAUGAAAGAAAAGAAAAAACAACACUGGCAGAAACUAAUAAAAUUCAAAGAUAAUAUAAUUGUCAAAUUGUAUGUGAAUUUUUGAAAAACUGAUUCUGCAUGACCUAAACAUGCAUAAAAAGUAUUAUGGAAUUCAAACUUCACCAGUUAAACUUUAUAUAUCUCCAUAGUCUUUAGAUACAAUACAAAAUGUGUGUAUCCCCAUGGUAUGUAUGAUUACACUGCAAUGUUUUUGUUGA